AUGGCGAAGGACGAGAAGGUCUUUCAGAGGGGACAGAAGGUCCUUCAGAGGGAACAGAAGGACAAGAAGGUCCUUCAGAGGGACCAGAAGAUCCUUCAGUGGGACCAGAAGGUCCUUCAGAGGGACCAGAAGGUCCUUCAGUGGAACCAGAAGGUCCUUCAAAGGGACCAGAAGGUCCUUCAGAGGGACCAGAAGGACAAGAAGGUCCUUCAGAGGGACCAGAAGGUCCUUCAGUGGGACCAGAAGGUCCUUCAGAGGGACCAGAAGGACAAGAAGGUCCUUCAGAGGGACCAGAAGGUCCUUCAGAGGGACCAGAAGGUCCUUCAAAGGGACCAGAAGGACAAGAAGGUCCUUCAGAGGGACCAGAAGGUCCUUCAGAGGGACCAGAAGGUCCUUCAGUGGGACCAGAAGGACCAGAAGGUCCUUCAGAGGGACCAGAAAGUCCUUCAGAAGGAGAGGCGGCCUCUCCCAGUCCAGUCUGACUGA